GCACCGAUCACCAACUUGUUCGGCUGUGUAGAUGAGGUUGUGAUCAACGGGAUAGGGUUAGAUCCUCAACUCAGUGGCCGACCAAGAUGCUACGACUGUUUCAGCCUUGACCCCAAGAUUGUUCACGUGCCUUCGAGUAUCAAGGAUCAACUGAGGACAGACCUGAUUCCCCUCGAAAUCCCUCCUGUCUUUCUGCGUAGUGACCUGGAGCAGCUGACCUUCGAUUUUAGUUUAUUCCACGACCGUGACAGAGUCACUACUUCUAGUCUUUUUGUCUUGGCUUUCGAAGGAGAAUCGCCAGAAAUAAUGCAUCGCAUAUGGCUGUAUUUGACAAAUGCCGAG